AUGGGAGGGAUUGACCAAGCUGUCCAAUAUGAGGGGAUUAAUUCCCUGUGUUUUGCGUGUGGUCGAGUGGGGCACAAGGCUGAGAACUGCCAUUACAAGAUCAGCGCUCCGGCAAGGGGAGGGGCAGAUGUUGAAAUAGGAAACAGCCAAGGUGAAAGAAAACAAAAAAUGCCAGAGGAGGCAGAGGGUGCUUUUGGACCUUGGGUUCCUGUUGCACGAAAAUGGCAACCUGCCAGAAAUGCCACAAAAGGUAGAAGUCAAACCUCUAAUUUAGGACCUAAAGAACAAAACCCAAAGCCUAACAAUGCUCCUAGCCCACUCAAGCGUGCUCUGAACUCUGAUAAAGCUGAUAGGGACAGCCAGGAGAAAGCACAAACGUCCUUUUUAAAUCCGGAGUUUGGUCCAAAUCGGGGUCAGCAAGCGAAUAAGCCCAGUUCCUUGCACAGGCCCAUGUAUGGUAAUAAAGUUUUAGAUGCUAAGCCCAGUGCAUCAAGCCCAAAACUAAUGAAGACAAAUAAGAAGACCCGAGAAGCAGUGGGUAGGAGAGGUAACGCACAAAUAUCUUCUGCAGUUUGGAAAGAGGUGGGUUCAUCGGAGACCCGUAAUGAGAAGAGUCCGUUGGGUUCAUCGGAAUUUAUGGUGCUAGAUUUUUGGAUAUUCAAAGCCGGGGGUUCAAGUGAUCCCACUAUAAACUCAUCUGAUGAAGACGUUCUUGGGGAGAAGCAGAUUUCUGAAAGUAGUGAAGGCCGAAUCAAGCUGAAGAUGGAUGAGCUUACGGGAGCAACCGGUGGUGAGGAUGGGAUGGUGAUAACUCCAAGUUCAUCUGUGGAAAGACCACCUCGGAUGGUAAGCUCGGAGCACGCUGUUGCGAGCAUCACGGCUUGCCCCAUGAAGCGGAUUGAUCCGGCGCUCCGUUCCGAGCAAGGGGCAAAGGGUGAGGCAAACGAGAUAGUGGCAGUUAAGCUUCAUUGUGAUCAGCUGGUGGUCACCGAGGUUCCUAAUGAGGAUAUGGGUACUCUUAACCCCACCUUCUGCAAUAAUGUUAUUGAGUUGUCUCGUCUUCACAACCCUGCUAUUUUGAUCCUAACUGAGACUAAAGCUAGUGGUGAUAGGGCGGAAAAGAUUGUUGAUAGGCUACCCUUUGAUGGGGCAAUAUUUACUAAUUCUAUUGGUUUAUCUGGUGGCUUGUGGUUACUUUGGGAUAGUUCUCGAGUAAGUGUAGCAGAGCUUUCAAAGACGGAACAAGAAAUCCAUGCUUUGGUCACUCCAAAUUAUUCUAACACUCCGUGGUUACUGUCUGCAAUUUACGCCAGUCCGAGACUAGCAGAGAGGCGGCUGCUUUGGGAUAAUUUGAAGACUGUGUCUGAUCUCCAUUCUUUUCCCUGGGUGAUGGCGGGGGACUUUAAUGAGGUUCUUAUGGGAGAGGAUAAAUUCGGGGGGAGAGCUGUGAAUAUUAGCAGAGCUUUACGAUUCCAAGAAUGCCUUUACUCCUGUAGGAUGAUUGACAUAGGUUUUUCUAGGACCCGGUUCACAUGGUCGAAUCAACGUCCAUUAACCCACCUAAUCCAAGAAAGAAUUGACAGGGUUUUUGUCAAUGCGGAGUGGAAUGACUUAUUUCUUGAAGCAUCUAUUCAGCACCUUGAAAGGGCUCACUCUGAUCACUACCCUGUGUUGCUGUGUCUGAAUAAGAGCCAAGAUGUCAAGCUUCUGCGGCCUUUUCGAUUUCAGCCAAUGUGGCUGAAUCACCCGGACUUCCCGGGGGCUAUGAGAGAGGCUUGGGCCAACCCAACUAGACUCGUUGUGGCCGUUUCAACUUUUGUGGAUAAAGCAAGGAUAUGGAAUAAGAACAUUUUUGGGAAUUUGUUUCAUCGUAAGAAAAGAGUCCUUACCAGACUUGGGGGCAUCCAAAAAGCCAUGUCGGUUAAUCCUAACAAUUUUCUGGUGGAUUUGGAGAGAGAUUUGAGAGCUGAAUUCCCCGAAAUUGCCAAGCUGGAGGAAGAGUUCUGGGCCAUGAAGUCCCGAAUAACUUGGCUGGUGGAAGGGGAUAGGAAUACUAGUUUCUAUCACACCUCGGCUUUGGUUCGUAGAAGGAGAAACCAUAUUUCUUGCAUGAAAGAUAGUGUUGGAGUACUUGGAAUCCCCGUUUGGAACAAUUGUCUUAAUGAGAUUGAGGCUGAGAAUCUUGCCCAACUAGUAUCAAAUGAUGAUAUUGCUGCUGGUUUGUGGUCUCUAAAGGUGCUCAAAGCGCCUAGUCCUAAUGGCCUUCAUGUGGGGUUUUUUCAGUGCUUUUGGUUGUUGGUUGGCGACACUAUGCGUGAGGAAGUGAAGGGUAUAUUUGCCUCAGGGAGGAUUCCAGAUUAUCUCAAUCAGACUAUCAUCACUAUUAUUCCUAAAUGUCAAAACCCCGAAACCUUCAAUCAUUACUGUCCAAUCAGCUUAUGUAACACGGUGUAUAAGAUAGUCACCAAGAUCAUUGUGGCUAGACUAAGGCCAUUGCUUCCUGGGCUUGUUUCUCCGCUUCAAACAACUUUUGUGCUGGGUCGGAAAGGGAUUAAUAAUGCCAUUAUCGUGCAAGAGAUUAUCCACUCUAUGUCUAGGAAGAGGGGUAGAGGUUGGAGCAUGGCAAUCAAAACUGACUUAGAAAAAGCCUAUGACCGGCUUGAAUGGAGUUUCAUUAGAGACACUCUCACCCUCUUCAAGAUUCCCGACUUGCUGAUCACCUUAAUUAUGAGCUAUAUCUCUUCUUCGUCUAUAUCCAUUUUAUUCAAUGAAGGUGCAUUCAUUGCUGAUAAGUGCAAUUCCAACCUUUGGAACCCCAUCAAGGCUUCUUGGAACGGUCCGGCAUUUUCUCAUUUAUUCUUCGCGGAUGACUUGGUUCUCUUCGCUAGGGCUGACCGGAAGAAUUGUGUGGCAAUUAGGGAGGUGUUGCACUCCUUCUGUAGUAUUUCAGGUGAAAAGAUUAGUCAUGAGAAAUCCCGUGUCUUCUUCUCUCCCAAUGUGUCUUUUGAAACUAGGGCUAAUUUGUGUGACAUUUUGGGCUUUCGCUCUACUCCUUCGCUUGGGAAAUACCUAGGGAUUCCUAUUAAACACCCGGCUGUACCCCAAGACUUCGGGUUCAUUAUUGAGAGGGUGCAAAGCAGACUUGCUGGGUGGAAAGCUAACCUGCUCUCCAUUACUGGUAGACUUGUUUUAACCCAAGCCGUGAUUACCACAAUUCCCAACUAUGCCAUGCAAUGCGUAGCUCUCCUUGCAAAGGUUCUGAAUAGCGUUGAUAGACUUAGUCGCAAUUUUCUUUGGGGUUCAUUAGAGGUUAAGAAGAGGCUUCAUUUGGUGAGUUGGAAGAAAAUUACAAAGCCGAAGAAAGAUGGGGGUCUGGGUAUCCAAGCUGCCAAAGCUAAGAACGUUGCCAAUCUAGCCAAGUUGAAUUGGCGCCUUCAUACCGAAUCCUCUUCUCCUUGGGCUAGAGUUCUCUCCCAAAAGUAUUGCUACCCAAGGAGGGUGUCCAAUGCUCGGUUCAAGCCUUGUUCAGCUACUUGGUUAGUUAUCCGGAAGGGUGAAUCUGUAUUUAAUAAAAGAGCAAAAUGGGUUGUUGGCAAGGAUAGCAAGCUAUCUUUCUGGUUUGAUAAAUGGUUGGAUAGAGGGCUGCUUCGGAGUUUAAUUGCUGGACCCCUUAAUAGGGGGGAAGAGCAGAUUGCUUUGAAAGAUGUAGCUGGGUUCUCUGGUUGGUCUUGGCAUGGUUGCUCUUUCUCCUUUCCUGAUAGGUUGACCUCAGAAAUUAAGGCUACCUCCAUCUCCUUUUAUGCUCGAAAUGCGGAUCGCAUCACUUCGUCUUCUUCUCCAAGUGGGAAUUUUGGGCUAAAAGAAGCUUAUAAACUUGCAAGAUUGGAAGAGGAAGGACAUUACACAGGCGGUUUCGAUGGGGAUUGGAUUUGGAAGGCAUGCACUUUACCAAAAAUCAAGUGUUUUGUGUGGAAUGGUGUGGUGUUUAGACAGGAGAAUGGGCAGCAAAAUUUAAAGUCAAAUGUCCUCGCUAAAGCUACGGAAUUUGCUUACCUUGGUAUCCAUGCUAAGCAGACCUCAAACCGAAGUGUGGCUGCGGAGCUUUGGGCUUUACGCGAUGGUCUCAGAUUAUGCAUUGCUCUCAAGCUCCCUGCUGUGAUUAUAGAGCUGGAUGCCAAGCUUAUUGUUGAUCUUCUGCAGAAUCAAGAUGGCCAUAGGAAUUGCAUUGAUGCUUUAGUAAGUGACUGGACUUCGAUUGAGGAAGAUAGGUUGAUUUGGAAUGGUGAUAAGCAUGGGGAUUUUGAGCUCAAAUCAGCGUAUUCUUUAGCCACUAGAUUCAAUGAGGAGGAAGAGGAGUUUAUGGAAAGGAAUAAUGUGGUGUUUAGAGGCCAAAACUUUCGGCCUGGUGUUCACAGUGAGGCGGUGUUCCAAGCUCUUGAGUUUUUGCAUUGUGCUUUGAAUCCUAAACUUGCAAGUAUCAGAAGGAUGGUCCGGAUCAGAUGGGAGAAGCCUUCACCUGGUUGGGUUCGCUUAAACAUUGACGGAUCAGCCUUAGGGAAUCCUGGUAGAGCUGGCUGCGGUGGCAUCGUUCGGAAUGAUCGUGGAGAUUGGCUUGGUGGCUUCUCUAGAUGCAUCGAAGUCACCACAAGCUUUAUAGCUGAGCUUUGGGCUCUUCAUGAUGGCCUCAACCUUUGUCACAACAUGCAUCUUCAAGAUGUUGAUAUUCAAAUUGAUGCCAAAGCAGUUGUUGAUAUUAUUAGAGAUCCUUAUUAUUCGAACCGGGUUGUUAUGCCUAUUGUUGAUGAUUGUAGACAGUUGAUGUCCCAAUUUGGCCAAGUUCGGAUUGGGCAUUGCUAUCGUGAAGCUAAUUGUUGUGCUGACUUUUUAGUUAGGAGAGGUGCGCUCCAAGAUUGUUGUUAUUAUGUGUAUCAGGACCCUCCUGUGGACUUGCUUGAUCUUAUUAGUGCGGAUAAGGAGGGUGUGUAUUGUAUCAGGGCUAUUCCUUCUGUCUCUGGUAGCCUUUAG